AUGUCCCUGCGCGGCGGCCGCGGGCUGCCCGUGUCCCCGCUGCCCUCCCCGGGCACGGCCCCGCUGCCGCCGGACGGGGCUGAGAGCCCGCACAGGUUCCGGGACACCCCGAGGAGGGGACACGGGCGGCUGUGGCACCCCCUGGCCCCGGAGCCGCUGGCCUCGGACCGUGCCCGUCCCCGGGACUGCUGGCAGCCCAGGGAUGCAGGAUCGCGGCCGGAGUCCCACACACAGCAGAGCCCCGCGCAGGAAGACUUCCAGAAAACCAUCGCGGAGUUUGGGAGAGCCCUCAAAGACAGGAAUCUCCUUCACCAGAGGAUCAGCUCCAUGCCGCAGCGCCCGCUGGAAGCCAGCCCGGUGCUGAAGGACAUCUCCCAGCUCCAGGUGCGCAGGGACAGAGCGCGGCAGAGCCAGCCCGAGGAUGAGGAAGGUUUUGUCCCCAAGAAGCUGCAGAGGCUGGGCCAGCGGAGCCGCCUGGCCGCCGGCCACGGCGCUGCCAGGAGGGAUCUCCUUGCCAAAAGCCCCUGCGGCGCUCCAGGGCUGCAGGUGAGAGAGGCUGGAGCGAUCGGUAGGAAGCACGGAUGGGCGAUGAUGGGAAAAGUGGCAUCUGCCGCUCCAGCCUGCCCGGAGGCGUGUCCGUGUGGGAGAUGGGCGGAGCUGGGGGCUCAUGGGGACACGCUGGCUACAAAGCUGCGAGGCACUGGGAAGUGGAUGGACCUGGGCUACGGGAUCCGUCCCUAACGGAGGGUGGGAAGCAGUUGGAAUCCCCUUCAGGAUCUCCUCUGCUUUUUCCCGAAGUUCUCCCAGCUGCCGCCGCCCCAGAGCAUGGAGAAGCCGCUGACCACGCCGGUGAUGAAGGAGGAGGAGGCAAAGCUGCGCCCGGGCAAGCGCGGCCAGGGCCGGCCGCUCUUCCUCUCGCCCUCGGUGGCCCGCAGUGUCGCCGGGCCCCUCCCGAAGCGGGGACUCCCCUGGGACAGGGACAGCCCUGCCAAUGCCCAGCGGCAGAGCAGGGCGGCCGGCAGCCCUGAGCAGGAGGCGUCGCUGGAGCCGGGAGAGCGGCUGGAGCCCUGCGGGUCUGCCCAGCUCCAGGAGAUCGAGAACCUGCUGUCCAGUGAUGACCAGGAGCUCAUUGGGGACUUCUCCAAGCCUCACCUCCUGCCCACGGUGGAGGGCAAGGACCCGGGCCUGAAGUACAUCUCCCCUGGCACGCUGGCGGCGGUGCUGUCGGGACACUACAGCAGCUUCAUCGGGAGCGGCGUCGUCGUGGAUUGCCGGUACCCCUACGAGUACGAGGGCGGCCACAUCACGGGUGCUGUCAACCUGCCGCUGCGGCGGGACGUGCAGGAAUUUCUGCUGGAGCACCCCGUCGUGCCCCAGGACACCAGCAAGAGGGUGAUCCUCAUCUUCCACUGCGAGUUCUCCGUUGAGCGGGGGCCCAAAAUGUGCAAAUUCCUGCGGGACAGGGACCGCUCCUGCCACGAGUACCCGCGGCUGCACUACCCCGAGCUCUACGUCCUGAAGGGAGGGUACCACGAGUUCUUCUUGCAGUUCCCGGGACACUGCGUGCCCCGGGACUAUCGGCCCAUGGAGCACCCGGCCUUCAGGCAGGAGCUGCGCUGGUUCCGCGAGCAGAGCCGGCAUGAGCGGCGGGCGCUCCCCAUCCUCUGA